GCGAGAGAAAAUUAUUGUGCCGGAGGAGCAAUUUUGGAUCCCGAUCCAAGCGUGAGCAAGUCCAAUAAAAACAAAGUAAACAUAACUGAGAAACCAGACUCGGCUGCUCCGCCGCGCCGAGAAAACAAUGGCUCUAUUCCGCUUGAUUUUGGCGGUUACUUUAUUUCUCACUUGCUUCAUCUCUCUCUCACCAGCUUUCCAAUCCGAUGAGCUUCUCCUCGACGAUGAAGAAUUCGGUCUCGAAGGCGGACGCCCUCAAUCCCGUUCAUCACCUAACAUCGCCGCCACCACCACUAUACCUACUCGCAAGAGGAUUCCAGACUCCGCUUCCGAUUCCAAGAUCCAGUUCACACUUGAACACGCUUUCGGAGAUUCUGAUUUCUUCGAAGCCGGAAAUUUCUCCGCUCGUCUUAAAACAUGGAGUCACGGUGCACAGACACUGACGAAGCUGCGGUUCUCGCGAGAUUCUUUCACUGAUGAUGAGAAGAAUAAGUUUCAAGAGCUGUUGAAAGGAGAUGAUUUCUAUAGGAUUAGACUGCCAUCCAAUGUUUUGAGCCCUCCUGGCAGGGAAUACGUUGUUUCUUCAGUGAAAGCUAGAUGUCUUUCAGGGGAUGGUUUGGAGGAACACUUUGUUAUCAAUACGGAAGGUGUUAACAUCUUGGCUGUCAAUUAUGGUGCUCCCGGGGCUUGCCCUUAUCCCCGGCAACUGAAGCUUCCCGCGAAGUGGUCUUUCAAGUCACACACGCUUUUGAAGAACGCUGAACAGGCACCAAGGACACCAAUAUUUACAGAAGAGGUAUUUGGUGGAGAGGGGAUACAAGGUGAAAUUGUACAGCCAAUAGAAAGAUCCUUUUGGGCUAAAUACUGGAUGUAUUUGAUCCCUCUUGGACUCAUUGUAAUGAAUGCUGUUACCCAAGCAAUGAAUAUGCCUGAGGAACAGGCUGGUGGGCAAGCUGGGGCACCGCCACAACCAGGAACUGCAGUACAGAGGGGAUCGAAUUCUGGUGUGCGCAGAAGAUGAUAAUUUUGGUUUCGUCUACUCUAAGAAAACAUUAUUUAGGGACACUGAUCAUGAAUGAAAUUUUAGAUUUUUCUUAUAUGUAACAUUUCAAAAUAAUUUAGUUACAUAUAUUAUUAGCUCUGUAUUGGCCAACUUUAAAACAGCAGGGGUAAAAUUUUCCAGUUAGUUUGAGUAAUUUAUUUAAGUCAACACGAAAAUCCAGUCUGGUUUCUUAUGGUUUUGGUGAUGAUUCUGGGGCUAUGUUAUAUGAUGCGAAGAAAUAUUAAAUAGUUUUUGAAUUUAUGAAGUUUAUAGGUUUGGUUAUGUUAA